AUGCCUUCAAGGCUGUUUGCAACUUCCGCUGCGUCAUGUCUACCAUCGUUUUGGACAUUGACCAGAGUUUCCUUUUCAACGACCGUAUCGAGACGAUCUACCUCUUCCGGGCAGGCCCAUCCAAGCGCUGGACCUCCGCCUUUGGACACAUGCCGCAACUAUCCAUCAACUUCUUCAUGGAACAGUUCGAUGUUUGCUCCACCUACGGUUCCACCAGCACCAGGCAGGAGUAUAUCGCGGCCCUCCACGGUUGUGAUGUCAUUGACCCCCCGUAUCUUUGACCACUGCCAUCAAGUUGUCCAAUCUUAUCAGAAGAAUGCCCGUCUUGCUAUCCAACGAGGAGACCCCAUGGACUACAAGCUUACUCCCCUGCUCAUGAGUCAUUUCAUGCGUCAUGGAUCUAGGCGCCAUGCGACCCCUGCGGAACCCCCCCCGGCUGCCCCAGGACCUCGCACUCCACCAGUCCAGACCCCUGCUACGAAGCGACAGCGUACUCAGCCUGAGUCGUCCCCUUCCCCUGCUGCUAGUGAAGCCAAUAAGCAGAAAGGGUUCCUGGUAUACACUGGGACCUUCCAUUUGUAA